UCCGAGUGAGUUAUCUGUGUGAAACUGAGGGUGUGUGUGCGUGUGUGAGAGGGUGGUUCUUUUCUUUUCUUUUCUUCUCCUACUUCCAUUUGACAUGUAAAGUCAAAUCAGGAAGUGUGAUGCAGUGACAGUACAGAACGCAGCAAGCGCACGAUGGCACUAUGUCUGCCUCUCGGCCUGCUAACAUGAGAGCCUUCCGGGGGAAGACCCCACUCCUCCUGCUGCUGCUGGUAUUGAUCACUCUGACUGGGACAGCGUUGUGUCAAGACGAAGAUGAGGAUCCAGCAGAGGAGUUAGAAACAUCGGACCUAGAUGAGUCGGACCCGGGUAAUGACGACCCAGAGGCAUCAGUGUCGCCCCCAACUACUACUGAGGCAACAUUUCCAGACCUAGACCCAGACCCCGAAGAAGGCACAGAAGUCACAACAGAAGGUUCAGGGAGUAGAGAAAAUGAAGAUUCCACCCCAACACCAGAGGACGACGGCAGUCUGGGUGUCAUCAUCAUCUCCGUCCUCGUGGUGCUGGUGGUCGUGAUCAUCGGCGUGAUCGUUUGUGGGAUUUUCCUCAGCCGCAAGUGGAACAGAAAAAAGAGAAAUCAAGAGCUCAGGAAGGAAGAUCCAUAUCUGGAUGGACCCAGCACAGAGAAGGUGCUGAUGCCCAUGUUUGAAGAAGACGUCCCCUCGGUGCUGGAGCUAGAAAUGGAAGAGAUGGACCAAUGGAUGAAAAAAGACGGUGAAACUGCAGAGGACUCUAAUCAAGCAGGAUUCUAAUUAUGGUCAAAGAGACGCUCUCCCACCACACGAGGACACACAGUCUUCAGAGCAGCAUCGGCAACGUGGACGUUUUGACCUUUCUACAAUAAUCCCGCAACCUUUUCUCACUACAGGAGUUGAUUUUACUGCCUGGAAACAACAUCAUGAGACUUUGGGGACACUCACAAUCAUGACUUUUGUUUUUAAAGUAAAACCUUCAGCGAGAGAGAUUAAUCACAUCGUCUGCGGUGGAGAGCAACGUGCAACAGUUGGACUUUCCUGUGUCAAACACUGGCUCUUUUUAAAUGUCAAUGAUCGGUGUUUUGCCAUCGUGUAUUUCUUCUGCUGUGCUUUGCCUGUUUUUAUUGUUUACUGUACUACAGCAGGGAAAUGUACAGUAUUUUCUGUCACGUCGAAUCAGUUCCAAAAAACUGUCCCCUGCUGAUUCACACUGUUAAAGACUAAGCGGCCGCCUUCAAGCGCAUGAGGCCGACACUCCCCUCCGCCCCACACACAGACAGGACUCCUCUUACUGGCUGCUGACGGCUUAUCUGCGGCUCACAGCCUCUUUAUUGUGUUACACUGCGUGACUCCCUCCAGCUGCAGGUUUUUUUAAGGGGAAAUAUCCUGUUGAUGAUUGUAGGCAUGCAUGACAGAGAGGGCCACUCCUUCUUCAUGCCUGUGCAGAGCUGGUUCCGAGAAUGAGUUUUUAGUCAGAAGCUGAUUGAGAUCUCAGGGUGUGAAAUCAGACACCUUCUGUGUGAGAUUCUUUUUUGAUAAAAGGCUGAAAUAGCUUUCUAAAAGCUGCUACUGAUAAGAUUUUGAUCUCAUCAUAGAAUUGGACUGAAAAAAAUGUAGUGUCUCUACAGAUGCUCUUGGAUUUUUUUGUCACCAGAUUUAGUCGACACACUGAUCUAACUGUGAGCACAAGUGUCUGUGAGUAUUUUCUAGACCCUUGCCUUGUAAAUAUGGGAAUACAGAAAACCAGGAGAUAUUAUUUUAACGGAGCGCCUUCUGUAAAUAUUUCAUAUGAGGCUGUAGUGUUUUUUUUUAUUUUGCUGAUGAACCUUUGAAUAAAAUUUCAAAGUGAAAA